AUGGCCGACUCAACGGACGAAGCAGCCAAUGCGGUGUCGGAACCGCUCGAUCUCGUCCGGCUCUCCCUCGAUGAGAUUGUGUUUGUCCGGCUACGUGGAGAUCGAGAGCUGAAAGGAAGACUACAUGCAUAUGAUAGCCAUUGCAACCUCGUGCUCGGAGAUGUCGAGGAGACGAUCUACACAGUUGAGGAGGAAGAGGACGGAGAGGAGACCGUCAAGACAACGAAGAAACAAUCUGAUAUGCUGUUCGUCCGAGGAGACUCGGUUGUGCUCAUCUCUCCCCAGCCAGGUUCAUGA